AUGGCUACUCUUGCUGCUUCUUUCUUAGUAGAUCUGGACGAAUUGUCGGAUAACGAAGAGACUCCAUCAUGGAUAGAGGAACAUGAUGGAGAAUUGGAUGAUAUUUUCAAACUGCAAAAUUCAUAUUGCUACAUUGACGUUAUGCACAGAGUUGAAGAUGCCCUAAGUUGUGAUCGUAAGCCUAAAUUAGGUGAUUCAGAGUAUGAUGCUUUGAUAAUAGACUGUAAUGCAUUAUCAAUCGAUAUUGAGAAUGAAAUUUUUAUAAUCCACAAUUUUAUACGCGACAAGUACCGAUUGAAAUUUCCUGAAUUGGAGUCACUUGUUAAUCACCCAAUUGAUUAUGCUCGGGUAGUUAAAAAGAUUGGGAAUGCAAUGGACAUGACCUUAGUUGAUUUGGAAGGAUUAUUACCCUCAGCUGUUAUCAUGGUUGUCUCUGUUACCGCGUCUACUACCAGUGGCAAGCCAUUGCCACUAGACGUUUUACACAAGACGUUGGAAGCAUGUGACAGAGCUCUUUCUAUUGAUUCAGCAAAGAAAAAAGUACUUGAUUUUGUUGAGAGUCGAAUGGGAUUUAUCGCUCCCAAUCUUUCUGCUGUAGUUGGGUGUGCAGUUGCUGCUAAACUUAUAGCUACUGCUGGUGGUCUCUCGUCCUUGGCAAACAUCCCUGCUGAUUGCAUCAAGCUUCUUGGUGCCAAAAGGAAUACUAAUAAUUUAGCAGGGUUCUCAACAGCCAAGUUUCAUCACAUAGGAGGUUGUUAUAUUGAGGAAACUGAUAUAAUUCAGAGUACACCUCCUUCCUUAAGGAAGCAAGCGUAUGGACUGUUGGCAGAUAAAUCUAUAUUAGCAGCCCGUAUGGACUCAGCCAGAGGAGAUCUGACUGGGCAAUAUGGAACAUCUCUUAAGGGUAUUAUUCUUGAGAAGAUAGAGAAAUUGCAAGAGUUACCUCCAGCAAAGCAACCAAAGCCUCUUCCAGUUCCAUUAGAUUCAAAUGCUUAUAAGAAAAAGAGAGGCGGUAGUCGGAAGAGAAAGAUGAAUAAGAGAUAUGAGAUUACGGAGAGGCAGAAGCUAGUAAAUAGGAUCAAGUUUGGAGUAGCUGAAGAGAGCUCUUUAGGAGAUGGAUUAGGGCAGGGCUAUGGCAUGCUUAGUCAAGCAAAUGGAAUUGGCAAGUUACGUCUAUCAGUUAUUAAGAAGAAAUUCAAAAGCAGCAAUACUAGUACUCGUGUAUACUCAGGCUUGACUUCAAGUUUGGCCUUCACUUCAAGGGAUCGAGCUAUCAAAUCCUGA